AUGUGCAAAAUAUGCAACCUGUUCUCUCCAAGCCAGUCUAUGCUCUUGGUUCAUGUAACAGAGACACACUCCACUGAGGGUGGGAAUCCUGAUGAUAUCAUAGUUCCUCUGAAGCCUUUACCAAGCCAGCAAGAAAAUGGGACAGAUGGUGUAGUCAAGAGGAAACGUGGUAGACCUAAGGGCUCUACUAAAAAGAUCCAUGCAGAGGAAGUGACAUCACACACAGCAUCCAGUCAAAAGCAAAAACAAACAUUAGAUAUACAAUCAGAAACUGUCGCAGAGCAACAGACUGAUGAUGGCAGCGCUCUGGAGUGUAAAAGAUGCAAUCGCAAGUUCAGCAAUAAGCGGCAAAUUUCCAAACACAUCUGCUUUGUAGGACUGAAAGAGGCAGGCGAAGAAGAAGAGGACGACAAUGAACAUGACUCUGAGGCCAAACAGGGAAUAGGAAGUGGAGAGGAAGAUAAAGAACGGGCUCCAAAGAGGGCACGCACAAUACGAACAGAGAAGGUCUCUUGCGUAAAGGCAUCAGAAUCAACAACUGGCUCUAAAAACCCCAUCAUCAGCGUGAUUCUUGCGGCCCAUGAAGCCAUUCCUGGUGCCACUAAGAUAGUUCCUAUUGAGGCUGCCACAGCAGAACCUGCUCCUCAGGCAGAUGCAGAUACAGGUUCUCAAGAAGCAGGGUCAAAAAGAGGAUACCAAGAAUAUGCCAUACAGCAAGCUGCCUAUGAAGUGCCUUUGAAGUCAAACAGGUUGGGUCAGACCCAGCUGAAAAUCUUCACUUGCGAAUACUGCAACAAAGUCUUCAAGUUUAGACACUCAUUGCAAGCACAUUUGCGAAUCCAUACUAAUGAGAAACCGUUCAAGUGCACCCAGUGUGAUUACGCCAGCACCAUUAAAGCCAAUCUCAGCGUCCACAUGCGUAAGCACACUGGAGAGAAGUUCAGCUGUGAGCACUGCUCCUUCAGCUGCCUCAGCAAGGGUCACCUCAAAGUGCAUGUAGAGAGAGUGCACAAAAAGAUCAAGCAGCAUUGCCAUUUCUGUAAGAAGAAGUACUCAGAUGUUAAAAACUUGCUCAAGCACAUGCGAGAAAGCCAUGACCUGGAGGACAAGAAAGUCAAAGAAUCCUAUGAUGAGUACAGCCUUCAGACACGGGAGGGCAAGAGACAGCUUUUAUACGACUGUCAGAUUUGCGAUCGCAAAUUCAAGAACGAGCUUGACCGCGAUCGUCAUAUGAUGGUCCAUGGAAGUAAAAGACCUUUUGGCUGUGAGCUGUGCGAUCAUGGUUCAACCAAGUUUCAGGCUUUGCAGGCCCAUAUAAGAAAACAUCCCUUUAUAUAUGUGUGCGCUAUAUGUCUGCAGAAAUUUGUCAGCUCUGUGCGUUUAAAAUCACACUUGCGUGAGGUUCACCCUGAUGCAGAAGAAUCCCCAGCCUUCACCGACUCCAUCAGGAGUAGUUUCUGUCUUUUGAAACCCGGCGAUGACAUUCAGCGAGAGAUGCUCAAACAGGACGAACUUGAGAUCACUGAGGAGCUGUCUCUCCUCAAUGCCCAGGAGGAGGUUCUAGUUUCAGACAUUGACAGCACAGAAAAGCAAGAAGCUCAAGUCCAAAGCUCAGAAGCCCUGACAGUAGAAGCGGAACUACUGCCACAAGAUUUACACGAGGAGUUACCCCUCAAGGACAGCAGUGAUGUUUGUGCAGUUAACGAGAGUCAAAAAUCCAUAGAAAGAAGCACUCAGGAUGUGAUCUGUGAUCAAACACCAAAUAAGCUUCAAAACGACCAGCUGCAGGUAGAGUGCAAUGCAGCAGAACUGGAACAUCCUGGUCAAGAGGUCAUACCUUUGUCUUUGGGUGAUAGUUCUGCGGCCAGCACAGAUGAAUCAGAGGGUAAGCAUUCUUUAUCACAAGCUAAUUGUCAGGUGGAAGAGACUCUAACACAAACAGACACUGCCCCUGAUGGUGAGGAGGACACACUUGGAGUACAGCAAGAGAAGUCGGCUUUCAGACAGAUCAUUGACCAAAUGCAAAAAAGGAGAUUGAACAUGGAGGUUUUUGAAAGAAUACGGAAGGUAUAUGGAGAUCUGGAAUGUGAAUAUUGUGGUAAACUCUUCUGGUACCAAGUGCAUUACAAUAUGCACGUGCGAACGCAUACACGGGAGCAUUUGCAUUACUGUUCUCAAUGCAGUUAUUCCUCCAUCACCAAGAACUGCCUCAAACGCCAUGUCAUUCAGAGACAUAGUAAUAUUCUACUUAAGUGCCCCACUGAAGGCUGCCAGUACUGCACUUCUGAUAAAUACAAGUUGCAGGCCCACCUCAAAACACACACCGACCCAGAGAAAAAGAGUUUUGUAUGUCCUGUGUGUGAGCAGUCAUUUCCAGAGGACAAACUGAAAUCACAUAUCAAAACCAACCAUCCGGAUGCACCAAUAGACACCAUUUCUGAGGCUCUGGGAAUGCGGGUGCAGAUGAAAGGAGUGAUUGGGAAAAGAGCUUCCAAAUGUCCCUACUGCGAUUGCUACUUCAUGAGGAGUGGAGCAGACCUACAGCAGCACAUAUGGGCUCAUGAAGGAGUGAAACCGUUUAAAUGCUCCCUGUGCGACUACGCCUCUCGCAGCAAAAGCAAUCUAAAGGCUCACAUGAACAGACACAACACAGAGAAAACUCACCUGUGUGAUCUGUGUGGGAAGAAGUUCAAGUCCAAGUCCACUUUAAAAAGUCACAAGCUGAUGCACACAGCCGACGGAAAACAGUUUAAAUGUACUGAGUGCGAUUUUACUGCUGCACAGAAGCCUCAGCUCCUACGCCACAUGGAGCAGCAUGCUUCGUUCAAGCCCUUCCGUUGUGCCCAUUGCCACUAUUCGUGCAACAUAUCAGGUUCACUGAAGAGACAUUACAAUAAGAAACAUCCAAAUGAACAGUAUUGCAACGCGGGACCUGGGGCAGCCUCUUCCGAAACAGUGAUAGAGCAAGGUGGAGUGAAGUGCCCAGUGUGUAAUUAUGUUUAUGGUACUAAAUGGGAGAUGAAUAGGCACCUGAAGAACAAACAUGGUCUCAAGGUUGUUGAGAACGACAGUCUUGGGCUAAAUCAGUGGGAGGUGGUGGAGUCACUGGAAGAACCCACACAGUAUUUACACAUAACUGAGACAGAAGACCCACAGAGUACAGAAACCGCUGUAUCAGCGUUACAGGACCUGCGCUUCAACACACAGAAUGGAGACAGACUGGAUCCCACUGCAGUUAAUAUUCUCCAGCAGGUAAUCGAGCUGGGGUCUGACAAUCCUGAUGCUACUGUGGCCUCGGUGGUUGCCAUGGCACCUGGUACAGUUACUGUACUUGAGCAGGUUGCGGAGGAAGAGCAGCAGACAGAUCACGCCAUGAUGAUCCAGGACGCUCUUCAGCAGGCUUCGGUCGGUCUAGGAGAGGAGCACCACCUGGUGGUGUCAUCAGAUGACGUGGAGGGAAUCAAGACCGUCACCGUGUACACCCAAGGGGAGGACGCCUCUCAGUUCAUAGUCUACGUUCAGGAGGCUGUGCAAACCGAGGAAGCAACCGCAGAGGUUGUGUGAGGAAACCAAACCUUGUCCCAGAACUGCUCAAAGACACGUUAGCUCACCAGACCUACAUCUGGAGACUGCCACUUG